AUGGCGGGCACAGGAGCCGCCAAUGGCAUACCUGAAAUCACAACAAAGAUCAUUGAAACUCCUCUCCUCAUCGCCGGUGCCGGCCCAGCGGGCGCAUCAUUAGCAUGCUUCCUCUCAUAUCCACCAUACUCAAUGACGGGUAUUAUGAUCUCGGCGGCACCUUCAACUUCACAAACGCCGCGGGCACAUAUCACCAAUCCCGCCGCCUUUGAAUGUCUCCGAGAUAUCGACUUAGAGCAGGCAUGUCUCGCCCAAUCUGUUGAAGGCGACUGCAUGAUUCACACUCGUUGGUGUCAUGAUAUGACAGGCGAGGAAUACGGUCGAAUUUAUUCUUGGGGUAAUGAUCCCAAGCGACGGGGGGAAUAUGAAGCUGCCACCCCUUGCCAUCACGUGGAUUUACCCCAAACUGUUUUUGAACCAAUUUUGGUUCAACGUGCAUCGGCUCAAGGUUGGGACGUCAGAUUCCGAACGAGCAUAGUCGACUUCAAAACAGAAGAUGAUGGAAAAAUUCUCAGUCGAGUUCGGGACGGAUUGACUGAGGCCGAGUACUUCAUCAGAUCAGACUAUCUGUUUGGAUGCGAUGGUGCCCGAAGUCAGGUUUUGAGAGAGUUGGAGAUUCCACUAGUCAAGAAACCUGGACAAGGGUUGGCGUUGAAUGUCUUAGUCAAGGUAGAUUUGAGCGACUACGUUGAAGCCAGGAAGGGGAAUCUACAUUGGGUGUUCCAACCUGAGAAGGAAUACCCCGACUUUGCUUGGAGUGGACUGAUCAGAAUGGUCAAACCGUGGCAUGAAUGGAUGUUCAUUCUCUUUCCCAAACCGGGAACAGAAUGGAAAGAGCCAACGCACGAACAAUACGUCCAACGAUGCAAAGAAAUUGUCGGACGAGACGACCUUCCUUUGGAAAUCCUCGAUAUCUCAAAAUGGUACAUCAACGAAAUCGUGGCAGAAUAUUAUUCUAAAGGGAACAUCUUCUGUCUCGGUGAUGCUGUACACCGACAUCCUCCUUUCAACGGACUUGGUUCCAAUACGUGUGUCCAAGAUGCUUUCAACUUGGCUUGGAAAAUCAAGUUUGUCUCACAAGGCCUUGCAUCUCCUUCACUACUCGAGAGUUUCAGUACGGAACGCCAGCCUGUGGGCUUGGGUGUGAUCACUCGAGCGAACCAGGGCAUCCGAGAUCACGUGCCUGUCUGGCGAGAAAUGGGCCUGAUGGAAGAGACCGUGGAAAAGAGGAUGGAGGUCUUCAAUUUUCUGAAAUCACCAUCUCCCGAAGCACGAGAGAGGAGAAAGAGAGUCAACAUUGCGAUUGAAGGCACGAGCCACGAAUUCCAUGGGAUCGGUGUGGAGAUGAAUCACCGAUACGAGUCACCAGCAGUGUAUCUGAAAGAUGAAAUCAAAGCAGGCAGGGCUAAGCCAGAGUGGCCUGAAGAUGCUAUCCUCCAUCACAAGGUCAGUACGUACCCUGGCCAUCGGUUGCCCCAUGUCUGGUUGAACCGCACAAUGCCCAUGAAAGAGCAGAUCUCGACCAUCGACCUUGCAGGUCAUGGACGUUUCUGUUUGCUCACCGGUAUCGGUGGUGACAAGUGGAUUGAGGCGGCAGACAAGGUUGGGAGAGAACUGGGCGUCGAAAUCAAGGCACACAGUAUCGGUUGGGGGCAAGAGUGGGUGGAUGUUUAUCGAGACUGGGAGCGAAGAAGAGAAAUCGAAGAAGAUGGUGCCAUCCUUGUCCGGCCUGACCGAUUCGUCGCUUGGCGAUCCAUGGAACUAAGGGAUGAUUGCGAAGAGAAACUCUUGGAGGUCAUGAAAAGCGUCCUGGGUCGCUCAUGA